AGGCCAAGUGUAACCACUAAGCUAAGCGCUCCACCCUCAGGUUGAUGUAACCAGUCAUCCCUGUGAAAUUUCCCCUAGAAAGGAACUAUCAGGCUAGCAGAAACACGCCCAGAGUUUGAAGCAAGAGAAGGGGCUUUGAUAGUUUGUUUACCUGGUCUCUGUAUGACUCUGGAACAUCUUACCUUGCCUGCAGAAAAACUGCUAAAACACUGUCAAGGCAUUCAGGUGACUAAACUGGACUUCUUUCUGUAGGAACAACAGAGUUGACUUCGGAUUACAGUCUCAAGUAUAAUGGAAACUAUGAAGGUAUUUUUGUGCAGACUCUUUGUUGUACUGUACCUCCUUCCAGUGAUUACACGAAGUUCAGAACAAUUCAGGGUAAAUAGCUUAAAGGGGCCAAUCGUGGCUCCAUUUGGUGGAGAAGUUGAACUCAGUUGCCAGUUGUCUCCACCACAGAGUGCACAACACAUGGAGAUCCGCUGGUUCCGCAACCGCUACACACAACCCAUUUACUUGUAUGAGAAAGGUAAAAUUCUGUAUGGAGAAAUGACCCCUAUGUAUGUGGAGCGGACAGAACUCCUGAAAGAUGCCAUUGAAGAAGGUAAAGUGACCCUCAGGAUCUUUAAUGUUGAUGUUGAUGAUGAUGGGCAGUACCACUGCUUCUUCAGAGAUGGAGAUUUCUCUGAAGAGGACAUCACAGAAGUGAAGGUCACAGCUACAAGCUCAGACACACAGAUUCUAGUGCUUCCUUCCAAUAUUGAUGAUCUUAGAGUGGAAUGUAAUUCAGGAGGUUGGUUCCCACAGCCUCAAAUGGAAUGGAGAGACAGCCAGGGAAAGGUCCUCCCACCUGCAUCAAAAUCUCACUCACAGGACACAGAUAAAUUGUUCAACAUGAAGAUGACCCUUUUUCUCAGCAAUACCCACCCUGGGGAUGUCACUUGCUACCUUAGAAACCCUCUAACUGGCCAAGAGGAAAAGACAAACAUUGUUUUACCAGGGCGGAAAAUGUUUCUGCAGAUGACAAUUUGGUUGGUAAUUCUGCUUACAUUUCUGAUCAUAUCUAUAUUCCCUAUCAUAUAUAUCCAUGUUACAACACGAAUCAAAGGAAACCGAGAAGGUAGAUGCUGCAGCAAGAAUUCUCAGUUAGUGGUCAAAAUUAUCAUCAUUUCUUCAUUAGUUGUAAACAUCAUACUCGGUACCUGUUUGAGUAUAUAUCAAAAAGUCCCUGCUUCAGAUCCACUAUUUGAAAUGAAUGCUGUCUGGAUCUGUGAUAUGAUCAUGAUCCUGUGUAUUCUGAUGGUCUUCAUCACCAUGAUCAUUUCCCUUAUUUACUUCAAAGUGAAAGGUCUGCUGUGCAGGGUGAACAGCCCCCCAACUCUGGACUGGUCAUUGUAUUGAGACUGUGAUCAUCAGGCGCAGCCUUGACUUGCUGCUGGGCUUCUACUUCCUCUUCCACAUCCCCAUCACUCUGUUUUUGGACCUGCAUGCAGGUGGUGCUGCCACAAGAAUUCUACUGGGUUAUGUUUAGAAACCUGCUAACUUGGUAUACUAAAUAGUUCAAAGACCCUCUGAUACAGAGCACCCCAGUAUGCUUUAAGUCCUUCAUGUUUUGUGAGCUUUUGUUUCAGCUGCCUUCUUUCCCAUUGCAACAUACACUUUCUUCAAAGGAAAUUGCAAGUAUAUCCACAUGCUUGUAAUCAUCUACUCAGUUCACAUCCUAACAACAUUAAUUCCAAUUCUCUCCACAUUUCUAUUUGGGGAUUUCUCCAAAGCCAGUAGUUUCAAAGGACUAGGUUCUGAGACUUUCCGUGAAUGAAUAACCUCAUAGCCAUCUAUACCCCUACAUUCUCAUUCCCCUCAUACUUCUGGUUUUCAUGUUGAAAAACCCCCACUAUGAGGUAAAAAAAAGAAAAAAUUAGGGAAACAACCACAGACCCAGGGAAGGAUUCAUGGGGCAAUUGCCCUUCUUGACCCAAUACAAGCAAAAUUACUCUGAACCCAUGUCUUCAGUAGCAUUUGAAACACCAACAGCACUGCAUAAGAGCAAGACAGUGACAAGUUACAUCAAACUCUUAAUCUUCCAAGGGCACUGGGAUAAACAGAUUGAUCUGGGGGGCAAAGAAGUGGGGCUAUCAUAGGAAAGUCAUGCCAAAUACUUUACCAGGUGACUAAGUUCCAUUGCAGAAUUUCUAAAAGCAGGACCAGACCAGAAACUGGGUAAGAUUCCUCAAAAUAUGGCCUGCUUGACUCAUUCAUGAGGCAUCUGAUCCACAGCAUAUACACAUGACUAAACCUUUGACUCACAAUUCACUAUAGCUUAUCACCAAUCCAAAAAAUAGUGGAGUGUUUCAGGCCAUUCAAAUUAGAAAUUGUGUCUCUUUAAUAUUUAUUAAAAACUAUGUUUUCUUGGCCCUACCUCUACCCCUUGGAGAAAAAAAAGGAAAAUAUUAUGCUGAAGAGGUUUAAACUUGUUCUCCUUAAGAUUCAGCCUCAGCAUGACUUGUCAAACAGGUUAAACUGGAAGGUGUUUAUUUUUUAAACAGGUCAUCCCAAGAGAUUUCAAGUCACCUUGUUCAUCUUAUUUCGAAAUCUUAGUCAUCCAUAUUUUUAAAGACCAUCUGAGGAAAUUACCUUCACUCUGAAGGCUGGCAUCUAAAGACUGUUCUGGAAGUGUGCUCCCUAAUGGACAACUUCAUCCUUUCUGACACAGUCUGGUCAUUCCCAUCCUGUUCAGGGGUGGAGUUAGCUGGGUGUGACAAGCCCAAUUUGUACAUGUCAGGUCUCUUCAUGUUAAUUCCAUUAGUGUCCUCCAAAUCUACUUGAGGCCAACACUAAAGAGGGAAAACACAAAAACAGGUCCCAGCCAACUCUGUUUUUUUCAUUUUUGUUCACAAGCCAUAUUGAUCUAACCAUUGGUACCAUCUGACUUGGAUGCAUCUAGUCCAAAUAAAGUCAGCUACUGACCAAAAAAAAAAAAACAAAAAAAAACAAAUAUAAAA